GUCCUGAGGAGGAGGAGGAGGAUGGCAUGAGGGCGGCCUUUCUCCUUCUCCCAAGGCAGCCCAGCCACGCCUCUCUCCGCCAAGGAGCUGCCAGCCAGGCGAAGCUUAGCUGACGAACAUAGUCAUAAUAAUAACAAUAACAACAAAAAAAGCCGCGCAGGACGAGGCUCCGACCCAGCGCGAGGCUGCUCCCUCCCUUCGCCAUUGGCGGCGUCGAGGGCGGCAGGCGAUGACGAGGGCCGGCGAGGAGGCUGCGUGAGGGAGGCCAGCCUGGCGACCCCAUUCUCCAGUUCUCUCGCCCCGGAGCCACCUUCCAGGCGAGGAAUGCCUCCAAGGGAAAGUGUGUAUCUAUUCAACUGAAAAACUAAGCAUGGCAGAGACGUUUAUCACCUGCUUGGCUCAAUCUGCCUCCAGAGCUAUUAGAUAAAGGAGGAUACAAAAGGAAAGAAGAACAAAAAGAGGUACAUUUUCCCCAACUUAAUCACAGGCAAGAAAGAAAACCAUUAAUUGCAACACCUGAGGAAUGCAUGGACAUUUUUGACAUUUUGGAAGAGUGGAGAGGAAGCAUUUAGAAAAAUUAAACUUGGAGAAGAUAAGAAAAAGUCAAGCAAGUUCCAGCCUUUUAAGAAGUUGUUUAGCAGGAGAAAAAAACGAGAAACAACACCAGACCGGGAGGAUAAUAAGCUGAAACCAAGCAGUUCCUUUGGAAAUGUUUGCAAUGGGGCACUGUCUUCUGAUGACGAGACUAACAAUGGUCUGAGGUCCUCCAGUUAUGGUAUGAGCACACGGGCCUUUUCACAUGACAGUAUUUUCAUACCUGAUGGGCGAUCAGAGAGUGAAGAGUCCAUUCAAGCAAUGUCCCAAGACAACAUUGUAGGCAAAGUCAAAACUCUUCAGCAACAGUUGGCCAAGAAUAUUAAAUUUGGCCAGCCCCCGCAAAUGACAGUUUCAGUGAAAACAAUUGGAGAAGCAAAUGCUAGCUUGGAAGCGGAUGUGUUACUGAGUAGUCCUAUGGAAACGGAAAUGCAGCAGGAUUUGGACCUUCCAGAGAGCCAUAAUAAAAUAGGUAACAUACCAGAUCCAUUAAUCCCUGAAAGUCUGCACAAAACAAGGCUUGGAGGAGAAGAGAAGGUUCCUCCGGUGAAGUCAUCGUCUCGGCCAAAAAGACAUCAUUCACCCUCGGGCACAAUUGAAACAGUCAACCUUGAUGCCAUCCCACUGGCGGUUACUUGUCUGGACAAUAGCGCAGCAAAGCACAAACUCUCUGUUAAGCCAAAGAAUCAGAGGGUUUCCACGAAACACAAAAGAUUAUCAAAGGAGCUACAUAGUGUCUCAGUGAUUGAAUUUGAACCAGAAAUCCUAGAAAUAAUAAAGUGUGAAGACCAAGUCGUAAAACAGGAUGGCCAUCAUGUAGAGAAGCCCAUCCGGCCUAGAGAAAGCCAUGAACAGGAAGCAAAAGGCAAAAGGAAGCAGCAAGAGAGACUUAUGACUGAGAAAAAAAUAGCUGAAACAGAAGUAAAAAGCCAUAUGGAAAACAAAAGAGUUCAAGGAUUUGAAGAAGAUCAAGGGAGACAGGAAGGGAAAAAGCAGAAGCUUCAAGAAGAAGAGCAAUGUUUAAAAAUGGAAGACAAAGAGGGUCAACAAGUGGGGAAAACUCAUAAAGAGCUGAUGGCUCAAGAACAUGAGAUGCAAUGGCACCAAGAAGAAGAAAGGAAGAUGGAAGAGAGAUCUCAGGAACUAGAGGAACCUAUGCACUCAGAAUCUGAACAUCAGGAACUAGAGGACCAAAAGCAGAGUGAAGUAGAGACACAAAAGCGACAUGAAGAACAAAGAAAACAUGAACGGAAGGCACAAAAGCAAAGGAAGGAGCAAAAACAAUGUGAAAUGGAAGCACAAAGUCAACAGGAAGAGCAAAUAAAAUGUGACUUGGAGGCACAAAAACAAUGGGAAGAACAAAGACAAAAUGAAAUGGAGGCACAAAGGAAACAGGAAGAACGACAACGUGAACUGAAGGCACAAAGGAAAAGGGAGAAGGAAAGACAACGUGAACUGGAGGCACAACAGGAAGAACAAAGGCGGUAUGAACUGGAGGCACAAAGGAAACAGGAGGAGGAAAGACGACGUAAAAUGGAGGCACAAAAGAAAUGGGAAGAGCAAAGACAACAUGAAAUGGAAGCACAAAGGAAACAGGAAGAGCAAAGACAAUACAAAAUGGAGGCACAAAGGAAACAGGAAGAGCAAAGACAAUACGAAAUGGAGGCACAAAGGAAACAAGAAGAGCAAAGACAAUAUGAAAUGGAGUCACAAAGGAAACAGGAAGAGCAAAGACAACGAGAGCUGGAGGCACAAAUGCAGCAGGAAGAACAAAGAAAAUGUGAACUAGAGGCACAAAUGCAGCAGGAAGAACAAAGACAACGAGAACUGGAGACACAAAGGCAACACAAAGAGCAAAGGCAAUGUAAAAUGGAGGCAGAAAGACAACAUGAACUGGAGGCACAAAAGGAUCAGGAAAAACAAUAUCAGCAUCAACUGGAAGCACAAAAACAAUCAGAAGAACAAAGACGAUGUGAUAUGGAAAGCCGACAAAGAAAGCAAAGACAUGGAAAACGAGAAGAAAAAGGACAGACAGAAUUUGAAGAUAAGCAACAAAAGAGACAUCAAGAAAUGAAGGAGGGGAAAGCUUAUGACAAGAUGUUACAGCACGGAUGGAAAGACAAGAGACAAGAACAAGAGAAGCAAAAAUGGCAAGAAGAAAAAACAAAGCAUCGGGAUUCAGAAGGGAAGAGAGGACAAGAACUGGAAGAAAAAACACAUGAGAUCGAGAUGCAUGAUGAACUGAAGAAACAAGUAUUUCAAGGGCAAAAAACAAGGCAGAAACAAAAAGAACUUGAACAGACAAGAAAUCUAGAAGGUGAAGAUGGUUUGCAAAAGAAAGGAAGAACCACGAAGUUGGAGAAACAAAAGAGACCAGAGCAGCAAAAGGAAAAUCUGACAGCAGAGCAAAUGAACAGCGACGAACAAAAACAUGAACCUGAGAAGCAUGUUAGGUCAGCAAAACAUGGCAAAUGUGAAGCAACAGAGUCCCAAACAGCAUUAGACAAAAAGAGAACGCAGCAGGAAGAUUUACUACAAAGGGAACAGGGACAGAAGCCAGAAGAAUCAAAAAUACUGAAUGUAGUAGAAGGGCUGCAGGCACUGGAAAAGCCAAAAGAACAGAACAACUUAUCCGAAUUGCAACUGGACAAAAAUCUGAAUGCAGAAGAGAAACCUUUGGAAACUGUAAAGAAUGCACUUCCACCUAAAGAAGAAGCAAGCCAGAAAAAGUCAGAGCAGAAAGACAAAGGGCAGAAGAAAGAGGAAACUCUAAAGCACAGUGAGAAAAGGAACAUUGAAACUCAGGAACAAGAAAGGAUUCAUGGUGAAGAGCUACGAUGGCAGGAAGUUGAUGCAAGACAGACUAUGCCCAGAGGAUUCACCUUUCAAGUAUCAUCAGGUGAAAAACAAAUCAUCUUUCAGAAAGUUAAUCUGAGCCCAGUUAGCCCUGUUAAAGAGACACCAGCUCCUUCCACAACAAAAGAAUCGAAGACUCCCAAGUGUAUCAAAAGCUCACAUGAUCUUCCGACCUCUUUGUGUGUCCCACAUACAGCCAUUUUGGUCACGGGAGCACAGCUCUGUGGCACUGCGGUCAACCUUAAUCAGAUCAAAGAUACAGCUUGUAAAUCUUUACUUGGCUUAACAGAAGAAAGAAAAAUGGCAGAUGUGGCUCCAGCAGAAAGUGCUACGAAACCAUCUCCUGAUGCCAAACCUAGCAGCAGUAAAAUAAAACAUGCUCAAGAUCCGCAGGGCAAUCAGGAUAUAUUGGCUGAGUGGGCUUCCAUUAGGUCAAAAAUCUUAAAAAGUGCAGAAAAUGGUAAAUGUAAUGAGAAAGACAAGGGAAACACCAGUAGGCAUAGUGAUGAUUGGACUCCUAAAGAACGAACUGCUUCCCAUAGUAAUUUACGGAAGACUUUGUCUGCAAAUGCAAAGUUUUCUAUAACUCCAGCAUGGCAAAAGUUUUCAGAAGUCUCCAAGACUAAUACAGGCACUGAGGGUAAGGUUGGCACUGAAGCGGAGAAUGCAACAACUAAAGAAUUGGUUCCAACAACUACCAGUGCAAAGCGAGAGACAGUUUACACUGAGCCGCUGAUAGAUGUAGGGAAUGUACCUAGAUUGCCUGCAGGUAAAACUGAAGUACAUCAUGAGAUGGUAGAUAACACGGAGGGUUGUAAGUUUGCCAAAGAUCUUCCAUCUUUUCUUGUUCCAAGUGGUCCAUUAAGUAAAGAAAUAUCCCAGCCAGUACCCUCUCCUAACACAGAAUCUCACCAGAAUGUUGCUACGAGAAAACUGGACCGAGUUUCACCAAAUGGAGAAGAAAACGUGUCCCCAUUUGGCGUAAAAUUGAGAAGGACCAACUAUUCUUUGCGAUUUCACUAUGAUCAGCAAGGAGAUCAAAAGAAGAAGAAACGGUACAGUGCAGGAGAUAGUUUUGAUGGCAUUCCAACUCCUCUAGUCACCCCAGAGAGUGAACAAGAUCCAAGUAAUCUUUUUCCAAAAGCAAGUAAAUCACCUAGCCAAGAGGCAAAGGAUGCCAGUGUUAGUUCUGGAAAGAUCUCCCCAUCUAAUGUUAAUCAAAACUACAGUACAGCUACUCCAGUAUCUUUACCAACUAGCAGCCAUGUGUCCACAGCUACUCAAGAGAAAUCAGUUUGUAAAUCACCAGUCCCCAAAAAGCCUGCAUUAGCUCCAAAGCCUACCAGCCAAACUCCACCACCAUCUCCUCUCUCAAAAAUACGCAGGCCUCCUGCAGUCGAUACUUUGGGGCAAAAGGUGGGCAAAGCCGAACCCGAUACAGCCUGGAGGAAAACUGAGACUAAAGGGAGUGCUCUGAUUUCACAAGCACCUGAAGGAAACAAGAGCGAAGAGGAAGAGUCAAAGGAGAAGAAGUCAUUUUUCCCAUCCAUUACCAUGCCAUGGAGAGAGAAAACCGAGAAAAAAUCAGAGCCACUAAAAAAAGAAAGGCCAGUGCUUCAGAGCAGGCAUUCCAUAGAUGGCUCCAAAUUGAUGGAAAAGGUUGAAUCCGCACAGCCACUUUGGAUCACAUUAGCACUGCAGAAGCAGAAGGGUUUCCGAGAGCAGCAAGCAACACGAGAAGAGAGGAGGCAAGCCAGGGAGGCAAAGCAGGCUGAGAAACUCGCUAAAGAAAAUGCCAGCAUAAACAGUCAGUCGGAUAAUAAAAGCACCGGUAGGACAAGUACACUGCUAAAGCCUGCAGCCUCGGAAGAGGAGAAGAAAGCGGAGACAGCUAUGUCAAGGCUUGAACGCAGAGAACAGCUGAAAAAAUCAAACACUCUUCCUACAUCUGUGACAGUGGAGAUCUCGAAUUCGCUUCCAUCCUCUCCCUUGGCGAAAGAAGUCACAAAAAGGUUCUCUACCCCAGAUGCCAAUCCGGUGUCAACAGAGCCUGCCUGGCUGGCCUUGGCCAAGAGGAAAGCAAAGGCCUGGAGUGACUGUCCACAGAUCAUUAAGUAAACAACACAGGGUUUGCUCUUUCUGUUGUUAUUUACUCUCUCCUUUUUGUUAAUGUUUUCACAUGGCAGAACCAAUGGAACAAAAUUCUCCUGGAGGAUAAAGGACACUUUGAGCUCUGUACCAUUUGCUCAUCGCAAAUUUCAUCUACAUAAUAGAUGUAUCACUUCGAGAAUUUGGGUACUAUGGAAGAGAGAUGUUGGCACAAGGCUCAGGUUUUAGUCUCUCUCAAAAGUACAGUUGUUAAAAGAUGUAUUUUAGGUUCAAACAAUUUUUAAGAAGCUGUUCUUCCAUUGGCCCUCAAUUUUUGGUUCCAGUGGUCUGUUUCUUUUUGCUGCUUUUGGAUAAGCAGAGAUUCCAGCCAUUUAAAUGCUUCAAAUGAAUGUAAGCUGCAUGUUGCUUCCACUUUUCAAUUUAGAAUGUAAUACCGUUUUGUGGAAAAUGUUAAGAAUCUACUCAGGUGCAGGAUAUGGAAAGACCAACUCCUGUCUUAGUAGUAAACAGAACAUACAGUGAUCAUCUUUUAUUAAUGUUGCAACUAAUGUAGAGAUGACAACUUUGAAAUUUUUUGAGUGUCAUUUGUCACUGACGAAAGUACCAGGGUGUCUGGUCCUGCUGUAAAGACAUCGCAGGACAGGGAUUUCUCCAAGUGCUUGGAGCCGAGAGCAGGUUCAUUUGCCUGUAAAUAUUUUCACAAAUUCAGUGUUUUUUAAAAAAAUGGAUUUUUUUUGUGUGAUAAACAUCGCUUUUUAUCAGAAGCUUCUAUCAGGAAGUAUCUAAAUACAAGUUUAGUUAACUAGCUAAAACUGGGGGUUUGUCAAAUGGGCAUUUCCAUGCUAUCUUUCUAUUUAUGAUCUUUCAAAUCAUUACCUGCGGAAACACAUUACAACUUUUUCCUGAGCACGGUAUGCAGAUACAGGCUACUGUGAUGAUAUCUAGUAACACACCAUAUAAGCCUUUCUCUUCUGGUAAUGGGGAGCACCACACACAGAGAGAAACAGCUUCAAAUGAGUAUUGAAAACCCAUAUAAAAGCCAGACCACAUCUUUCACAUACAAAACUCCCCCUUGGUUAAGCAACCUUUUCAAUACCCACAAGAUGGCAUAUUGGGGACUAAAAGAUUAACACAAGAGUCUACAAUACAGAUGAUUUCGGGAAACUGGGAACUAAAGAAUUUUGUGGUCAGAAGGAGCUAGACUAUUCUCACUUUGUUCUUGUGGACCUUAUGCUGAAUAUUCUCAGGAAAGUCAUAAUAUCUGUAUUUCAUUAGCACCUUAGUCUUUAGCUACUGUGCCUGGCAGAUCUGCAUGUUACUGCUGGCAAAAACAAUCACUACGGCACUUUUGUUAAUGGCAUGUUUCAAAACAAUGUAGUUGUUGUUAGUUCCUUAGUAUUGAUGUACUGAUAAAAGUCUUAGAUCAGGCUUCAAAUUACAGAAAAAGUUAAACAUUGCAGGGAUACAUGUAAUUUCUUUGCAGUGACGUCUUGUUGCCCUUUGAUUUUCCUAUAGUAUGGAGAUAGUAGUAACAUGUUUUCAUGGUAAUUCUCAAAACUGCUUCCUACUUGAAAAUUGUGGGAAAGGUCAACAAUGUAAUGAAUUCAGGCUGUAGUAGUUGGUCUACAUUGGCUUAAACAAAUUUCAGUUUAGCUGGUUUGUGUGUUAGGCUGUAAAGGAAAUCAUCUAACUAUUCUCCAUAUCAAAAGAGGCAUGAGAACCUCAGUUCUGCUCCAAAGUAUCUAAAGGACAAGUCAGCAGAUGCUGUUAAGGAAUAGGCAUCAUGCUGCAAAACAAACAACAGAUCAGUUGUGUUUGUGUGUAUCUGCAGAGAGGAUAGUUGAUUCAAUUGUUAUGAAGCAUCUACAUAGGAGGAUUGGUCAUAUGGCUACAGGGCUCUUAAUGUUACAAUUAAAUUUCAUCUUGAAGUUCAACCCAAAGGUUCAUUACUUUCAGGCAGGAUUAUUAAUGCAAGGGGGAAACUGUUCUCAGGUCUUUAUGGGAACCGAGGAUGAGCUGAUAUGGUUAACUGCUGAAUAAUGGCCUAUUUUAUAUCAUUCCGCUCCAGAGAAACAGUAUGGCCCUUUUAAGAACUGUGUUUGAUGGAGAUAUUAAUGUAUGGCAAUUGUUUUCCCCAUCGCCAACCUUUAGGGACUUGAAAAAUACAAGCACCUUCUAGUCACUGAGGACAAGGUGAAGCAGGAAGGCAUUCCAUUAUCUUAGACAUUCAUCCAUUUACUCCAGAAGGAGUUACCAGGACAAAAAGGGCACUUAGUAGAGGAUAUAUUUAAGUCAAGCUUCGAUCUGUUCUGACUGGUGCAAAAACCUUUUGCUGGUGGUAUGAAAGAUGUUUUAAAACAUUUUUAAACCCACAUUUAAAUCUGCAAUCACAUAAACUGUAAUUAUUACUUUCAAUUCCCUCAAAAUCCAUUUCCAAGGUUGUUCUGGAAUGGGAAAGUCGGGUUGGGAGAAGGGGAGGGAUCUGGAAAUGGAUGGGGAUGAAAGAAAUGUUAGGGGGGGCAUAGGCACUAUUUGCAUGAUAAAAGGGAACAAUAAGGACUCCAACAUAAUUCUAGGCACACUGUUAGCACAGAAUAUAUAGUUAGUAAAUAGUUCUAAAGCUUCAGAAGCAAAGUGUUUUCAAGCAUGAAGGUAUCUAGUGUAUGGGAAGUGGUAUCCAGAGACCUUGAUCAGAAGGCUGGGCAUUCCCUGCUGGCAGAGCAGCUUUCUCGGUUUAUUGCCAGGCGUACCAUCAGCAUUGACUGCUCUACUCACUUCUUAGACAGCAAGGGACACUUGGAUCUCUAUUAGAAGAAUCUGUUCUCACUUCCUUCUGUCUGAACAGGUGGUCAGUGCAUCUAGGGCCCCUUCUACACUGCCAUAUAAAAUCCAGAUUAUUUGCUUUGAACGGGCAGAAUAAGGCAGUGUAGACUCAGCUAAUCCAGUUCAAAGCAGAUAAUGUCGAUUAUCUACUUUGAUAUCUGGAUUAAAUGGUAGUGUAAAAGGGACCUAAGGCAACAGUAUUAGUAGUUACACUGUACACUGUUCUGUCUAUGCAGAGCUACUCCCAAUGCUGGACGUAGGAGCCUAUGCGGCACACCAUUGUAUGUUUAAGGCGAAGGCAUUUCCACAUGGGCUGGAUCUACACUGCCCCAGAUCCCAGGAUCUGAUCCCAGAUUAUCUGCUUUGAGCUGGAUUAUAUGAGUCUGCACUGCCAGAUAAUAUGAGAUCAGAUCCUGGGAUAUAAGGCAGUGUAGAUCUGUGUCUUGAUCAGAGCUGGAAUGUGUACAAUAUUUGUUAGGAAACAUUUAUAUGAUAUUUUCAACAUUGGUCAUUUCAUGUAAAAAUCAACUUGAAAUUUUGCACUAAAUACCAGUGAAGUGUUACUUUGCUUAAGCUUUGUUUGCAGCCUUUCUUACAAAACAUAUUAUGGAAAAUGUAAAAUGGAUAACCCAUGUGGAAUGACACUUUUGAACUGAUCCAACCACUAUGUACAAUAUGAUCUCUCUCUCUUGUCUUUUCUUUUUCGGUAACUUGUACACAGAAGUCCUGUUCCAGAGGAAGUAAUCGUACCCAAAUCCUGUCAAAAUCACUGGGGUUGUGAAAUAAGUCAUAAUGACGUUAUCCUAUAGAAUAUCAGGUGUUGGGCAUAAUUAACAUUUUCUAAAUGGGACAAAAUAUUAUUUGAGGCUAAAGAUAAUUAACCUCAGUUCAUAUAGUGGUGUAUAAAGUUAUAAACAAAUGUAUAAUUGUGGGGUUUUGUUUUGUGUACUUUUUUAAUUUUUCAGAUGUUUUAAAGUGCAAUUGUUUCUUAUACUAAUGUCAUUUUAAUUCCUUUUAAAUUAUAAUCUGCUGAAAGUUAUCAGAAAGUGUAUGUAUUAAUUGUCUUUUUGUUAAUAAAACAUCAGGUUUGCCUUAUCAGGAGAGCCUGAAAUUGCGAUAGGAUCUAAUUAUGUGUUUUUAUGAACAGUAAAAUCUGAGUAAAAUUAUCUAUAACUAAGGGAUAUGUUAGUGCAAUUUCUAUUUUCAGUUUUGAUUGUCAAGAUUUUACUGUAAAUGGUCCAUCACUGAAAAUUUGUUCUAUUUCAAUAAAAAAAACCAAGUGUUUCUAUA